AUGAUAGAUCACAGAAAAUUAAAAUAUUUUCUAUCAAUAUUCUUAUUUUUUGUAUUAUUUUCAAAUAUUAAUCAUAGUAAUAGUAAUAAUAAUGGGAAUAUAGUUUUGGCGGCAAAUGAAUAUCUUAUUGAAUGGGAAACUGUUUGUCAGGAAAAUAACCCUGUGAGAGUGUCAACCUAUAGAAAUCAAACAUGUUAUAAUCAAGGAUCAAAGUCCUAUCGAUACACAUUCACCAUUGCUUUUGGAGAACCUGUUGUAAGGGAAGGAUUCGAUGGUUUGGAUUGUAUUGGUACAGCUACAGUAUAUCAAGGAUCAAUGCUGCAAUGCAGUAACAACAUAUUGUUUGUAUAUUCAGCUGACCCGAUAAUUGAAAAACCUGGCUGGGUUGCAGUUGAAAAUACACCUUCGACAAUGUCGUCUGGAUGUGGAUCAAUGGAUAGUGCAAGACAUCUAUUCAAAUUAAAUACAUGUACUCAACCUUUUGGAUCGACCACCAAUUUCUAUAUUUCAAACGGAGAUGAGAAUCAAGUGAUAGGUGAUCUCAAUGCUGCUUCAUGUACACCUUCAACACUAAAUACGUAUCCUCGAUGCUCUCCUGGCUUGUCUGGUAUUGUUACGCCUCCAUUUGAAUGGAUUGUCCCUCCUAUUACUUAUAUUUCCAGAGCUCAACUCAAACUUGAAAGUUUUUCUACAACCUUUAAGUUUCCAUAUACCUAUAAAACGUUAAAUCAAAACUAUUCGAGAGUGUCAAUUUCUAUGGAUGGAGGUACAGAUCUAUUUCCAAGACCUCUUUAUGUUUCUCCAAAUAUUGAUAUUCCACUACCACCUGUCAUUAACUCUUUUUCUUAUGUGAGCGGAACCACUUGGCUUAGACUCACUUAUAAUGCAACAAAUUCUCCAACUUCAUAUCAAGUUAGUGUUAAUUAUGUUACUCAACUACAAUGUGAACAAGUAUCAACUUGUACUAUUCCAAAUCUGAGUCCAGGAUAUCAAUUUCCAGUAGGGAUUGUUGCUUCUGGUAUUGGUGGUGGUAGUGCUCCAUUCUCUGCAACUGUUGCCACCUAUAAACUGUUGGGUACGCCAUUAAUCACUAUGGCAGUUGGCUACGCUAAUCAAAUAGUUGUUCAAUAUACAUCAGCCGAUGGAAUUCCAGGCCAAACUUAUUAUACUGUCUUGCAGGAUUCAAUUGAAGUGCCUGCUUGUAAAAAUAUAACUUUAACUCAAUGUGUUAUCACUGGACUCCCACCAGGCUAUAGCAAGAGUGUGACAGUAUCUGCAGUAAAUGACGGACGUACUAUGGUUUCAUCUGCUAAACAAGUUACUUUUACCGAACCAGUAAUGACUGUUACUGUAACUAGAAUCACCACUACAUCUCUUAGUAUUCAAUACAGUGGAACAAUGACUCCUACUUCAUAUUCUGUAUCUUUUAAUAGUAUCGAUCAACCAAGCUGCUCGUCUACUACCACUUGCACGAUCUCUGGAUUGGCACCUGGCUCUCCAUUUUCAGUAUCGGUGAUUGGUAUCAAUGAAGUUGGUAAUUCUCUGCCUGUAGUUAAAACUGGUCAGAUCUACAAUAUCAUUUCAGCUCCCAUCAUUUCAUUCACGCCAUCGGCAAGUCAAAUCAUUGUUAAUUAUCCAGUUACCGAUGGUAUUCCAAAUGAAACAAGAUAUAGUGUUAGCAUGGACGGAGUUGCAGUUGGUGCUUGUGCAAACACUCUGUCAUCUACAUGUACCAUUCCCGUAGCACAAAAAGAAUAUUCACAUAACUUUUUAGUUCAAGCCAUUAAUGAUGGUAUUUCUAAACAAAAUUCUUCAACACUUUAUUUCUAUUUACCUGUUAUAACUUCAUAUUCACUUAUUGAAAAAAGAACUAGAUCCAUUAGCUUCAAUUACACAGUGGCUAGUGAUGUAACAUAUUCCCUUUAUGUAAGAUUUAAUGGUGCUCCACGUCCUGUAUGUUCUCGUGGCAAUAAUUGUACUCUUGGUGGACUAACUCCUGGAAUGACAUACAAUAUUACUAUUUAUGCAGUAAAUUGGGCCGGAGCAACAGAGAGUGUAUAUCUUUUAGGAAACCUCUAUUCACCAAUAAGUACACCUACCAUUAAUUUACAACCAUCUCCAAAUGAAUUGAUAGUCGGGUACAAUGUAACUGGAGGAAUUCCUUCCAAAACUCUUUACACUACAAAGCUGGAUGAUAUUGAUGUUCCUAGUUGUAUCAAUAUCACCGAUGAAUGUGUUGUCAAUGGAAUUCAACAACCAUAUACUUAUAACAUAACUGUUGUUGCGACCAAUGAUGUAGAUACAACUCAAAAUUCAACAACUAUUGAUUUUCUUCAACCAACAAUGACAAGUUUGGUUUUAAAUGAUACCAGAACCACAAGUGUUUCAUUCAAUUACACUGCCACUGGAAAUCCUCAGGGAUACAAAGUUUUCGUAAACGCUAUUCUUCAACCAGCUUGUACUUUACUAAACUAUUGUGUUGUAAAUGGACUGGACAAUGGAUCAAAUGUCGAUAUAAUGGUCAAUGCAUAUAAUGAAGAUGGAGAAUCAGCAGCAUCUAUAAUGAAAGCCACACUAUAUCCAUCGAUUUCCGUUCCAAUUGCCAAUGUAACAACCACAGCCAAUUCCAUACUUUUGGAAUUUUCUUCAACAGGUGGUGUACCAAAUGAAACAUUGUAUACAGUAAGGAUCAGUACUGAUAAAGUUGCUGGUUGUAUCCAAAUUACAUCGCUCUCAUGCUUAAUUUCCAAUCUCAGUCCACAUUUCUACUAUAAUAAUAUUAUAUUAACUGCCUCCAAUGAUUUUGCCUAUGAAUCUAUUCAACUGACAGCAUCAGCAAGUGAUAACAUACUAUAUGGCUUACAGUUUACAGAUAUACAAAGUACCAAUAGAUCAAUCAAUUCAGUAUGGACCAGUGUAGUUGGUGACAAUUCAAGUUGGGCAAUCGUUUGUGGAGAUAUUUCAAGCACCAAUUGUCAAGUUGAUAACCUAAUUCCAAGCACCUUUUACUACGUAAUGGUCACUGGCAAGAACACUUUUUAUAAAACCAUUUCGAAUUAUUCUUCGAUAAAGACUCUUGGUAAUCCGGAAUCGAGUUGCACUUGUUCUGUCAAUGGAAAGUGUGAUCCAAUUUCAAGACGUUGCGUUUGUUUAGAAGGAUGGAUUGGUGCCAACUGUGACAUCAAAUAUGAAAAGCCAUCGGGUGGAAAUCCACCAGAUAUCAUUCCAAAUCCAAACGAUCCAAGUAUUAUUGUAGUAGAUGGUGGUAGUGACAAUAGUUUUUUCACAUUUAGUCUUAACAAGAUAAUUGAAAAGACUAGUGAAGAAACGAUUGUAACCAUUGUGGAAUUGACUGGAUUGAAUUGGACAUUGUCAAAGACUAUCAAUCAAACUAUAGUGCAUCCAACCACUGGAACUAAUAUUACCAUGAAUCAAUAUUCCUAUAAUACCACUCACCCCAAAGCACAGUCAAUCUCAAUCACAUUCACACAGAUACUACCGAUUAACAACCAAACAAUUCCUGACUAUCCAAUGGAGUUUGCUGGAGAGAAAUUCAACUUGACAGCUGGAUCACUUAAAUAUCAAAUCGAUGUGAAGAGAUGGAACUUUACCAGCAGGCUGAAUGUUCUGGAGAUCCAAUCAUCGAUUAACUCGCCAUAUGACGAAUGUUACGAUUCCAAUUUAAUGUAUUCCGGAGAGACUUCAACUUUUAUCUUGGAGCAAGCAGACGGUCAUAUUGUCUAUGGUAGAAUUAGCGAUAGAGCAAUUUUGGAUACUAUACCAAGAGUUACCAAAGUAGAAGUCAGCGCACAGAAUGAAUCGACAACCAUUAUCUCAAUGAUAGUAUCGCACUUUGAUAAUGAAAUGACAAUAGAUCCAGAUUUUUCAUUGCUGAUCAAUACCAAUCCGAGAACCAACCAUUGUGAUAAAAAAUCAAAUGCCUGGCGUAUCGCUGUUGGUGUGGUAGUUGGUGGUGUUGCUUUAAUUGCUGCCGGUGUCGUUACAGUUCUGCUAAUUAAAAAGAGGAAAACCGCUAGAAAAUAUAAUAAGAGCAUGGAAUCAAAAUUAAAGAAAUUUAACAAUUAA